AUGACGCUGAGGCUCUUAGAAGACUGGUGUAGGGGGAUGGAUGUAAACCCGCGGAAAACGCUGUUGAUUGCCGACAUCCCCCAGACCUGUAGGGCAGAAAUUGAGGAGGCUCUGCGAUCUGGUUUUGCUCCCUUGAGCGAGUACCGACUGCUCGGGAGGAUGUUCCGGAGGGAAGAGAACAGGAAUGCAACCUUAAUAGGAUUAACUGAGGAGACGAGUCAUGCUCUGGUCCCUAAAGAGAUACCCGGAAGCGGGGGUGCCUGGAGAGUGAUCUUUAAGACCCCUGACCCAGACAAUGAAUUUUUAAGCAGGUUACAUGAAUUCCUAGAGGGAGAGGGCGUGACAUUGGGUGAGUUUACCAGAGCUCUUGGGUAUGGAAACGACCUUUUUGACCUAGACCAGGACAUGAUCCCAGAAGUGCGGGCCCCUAUGUUGGCACAGGCAUUAGAUGAGGCUCUUCAGCCUGCCCUGCAACACCUGGAAUACAAAAAGCUGAGAGUAUUCUCAGGCAGUGAUCCUCCAGAGCCAGAAGAAGAAGAGUUUGAAUCCUGGCUGUUUCACGCCACUCAGAUGAUGAAGACAUGGCAGGUGUCAGAUGCCGAAAAAAGGCGGCGAUUGCUAGAGAGCCUUAGAGGCCCGGCAUCAGAUAUCAUUCGCGUCCUCAAGAUAAACAGUCCUUUAAUUACAGCCCCUGAAUGCCUGCAUGCUCUGGAGCAGGUAUUUGGGGUUACCGAUAAUCCUAGGGUGUUGCAGGUCAAAUAUCUGACCACUUACCAGAAGGAUGAAAAGAAAUUGUCUGUGUAUGUACUAAGGCUGGAGCCUUCACUACAGAAACUGGUAUAGAGGGGAGCAGUUGAGCAAGAAGUUGUGAAUCAGGCCCGCCUGGAGCAAGCCGUUGCUGGAGCAGUCCACAGCACACCUUGCAGGAAGUUUGCUCUGUCAGAGGACGGCUCAGCCCCUGGAUUAUUGCAGUUACUGACACUAAUAAAGGAUGAAGAGGCAGGUGAGGAGGAGGCGGCCCUCCUCCAGGCAGGAUUAGAGGGGCAUUUCACCUGA